GACAACAGAAUGACUUAAAACUCUGAUCUUAUUAGAAGAAGAGACCUCCAUGUUAAUCACCUCAAAAGCUCUAUGUUCAUCAAUGGUGAUCUUGAAAAGAGUGGUGAAAUUCAUCUCAUGUGGAUGCUCUCGAGCUCGGACACCAUCUCCGGUCUGUAAGGAUUUCGUGCCAAGAUCUGAGCUUUACCAAGAUGCAGAUGCUGACGUCCUUCGCCUUUAUUUACCAGAUUUCAAUGAGGAACAGGUCAAGGUUGAAGUGACCAGACCAGAAACCCUGAGUGUGAGUGGACUAAGGCCUACAAAGGGUGAUAGAUGGGUGAGGUUUCACCGAGAGUUCCCAGUCUCAGCAAACUGCAACCAAAGUGAAAUUAGUCACGAGUUUAAAGGUGGUAUUCUCUGUGUUAGACAGCCAAAAUUGACAGAAAAACAAUACAAUUUGACACAACCUGAACCUUCACAGCCUCAAAAACUAGCAGCUCCCAAGGUUAAGGGUUUUGGUCGGCCAAGGAAGUUCUUUAAUGUGGCUCUGUUCUCUUUGCUGUUGGUUGGGGUUGUCCUAUGUGUUGACAAUAUACUUUAUUAGCAUUGAAUAAUAUAAUAUUUCUAGAUUGUGUAUGCAAAGAUCAUUCUUUUAAUUCAGUCGAG